AAGACUGUAAACAAAACAGUCUUCCUCCCAUCGGUGAUUGUCGGUAAUCACCAGGCAUCAGCGGCUCCUGCAGAGCCAUACAAAGCAGUGUGCUUACAGUGAAACACACACACAGUGCACACAAGUAAAACAGCACAUGGUUAACCCUUUGAUCACCUCACAUGUUAACAUCUUCCUGCCCAGUGACAUUAAUACAAUUUCUGUGCUUUUUAUUAGCACUGAUCACUGCAUUAGUGUCACUGGGGAUGUCAGUGACACCAAGUCAGUUCCCCCCAGUGUCAGAAUUCCCGCUGCAGUCCCGCUGUAA